GUCUCCAUUGCUCUGACUAAGUCAACGUGCGAGGUGUCUGUCUGCCUGUCUGUCAGUCCGUGUGCUAGUGUUCUAACCCCCCAAUAAAUACAGUUCUAACCAUCAAAAAUUCAUCUAACCAUCAGCCACCCCCUCAUUUCUUCCAAAAUCCACCGGUAAAAAUAAUCUCCUCCAAACUUGUUAGCCCAUUACCCCACGGAUUAACUCCACUUUUAGUUCAUGCAACAAGUGAAAGCUGAUGUUUCCCCAUCGACUCACGGAAAUAAAAGUUUAGCAGAUUCUCGCUGUUGUCCUUGGUGCAUUGAAAACGACUUGAGUAUUUCCAAAAUGGAGUGAUACUGGCCUGUCUAUUGAAACUCAUCGUUGACCACUCGUACUUUUGAGGUUAAUGGGUUAUUAACCCACAAGACCAUGACUUCCCCUUUGGGAAUAAUCGUGACAAUGAGUGAUAAGAGAUAAUGAACAAAAAAAUAAUCCGAAUAUUUACGUCCAGUUUUUCAUCAUUUUACCCAGUGGAGGCGCCAGGGUCGUUUCAAUCGUUCUCUCACCCCCUCGUACAUCCCCUUCUCACCACCGAUUUUCUCAUGGAUUCGCUGACGAUGGGCUUUUGUCGCAGCACUAGCCAGUCCACAAUCACGUAUCAAGAGCAUCAGCUGUUUUAACCAGACAAUUUUCAAUGCUCAUAUCACAGUGAAACAAUUGAAAGUCACUUAUUCAUUCCGUUGAGGAUGGAAAGGAGAUUCGUGUCAUUAAAUCCAUACAGAGGGUUGGAACACUGAAUGUCAUUCUAACGACAAUGUAAUAAACACUGAGGAUGAUGAAAGAAGGCGAGUCCGUUAGUGGUUGCAAUACCGCUCCUGCCAGAGCGAGAAGAUUUUUCCCGAGAUUUUCAUUGAGAAGUUUGUUGCACUAUCGUCCGGUCCUAGACCAGAGGAUCACUAGGGCAACGAGCACCAGUAACAGGAGCAACAAAGGUAAAGAUGGGAAUGCUGGGAAAACAGUUGAUGUGGAGAAGGGGGAGGCCAGGACGAUCAGUGGAUCCAGCCAUUUGGGGUAUCACAGCGCCGACCUCCACCGGGCCACCAGUAAGGGCUCCGUUCUGUCAACUGCAGGAAAGAGUUGUGAAAAUGGCCUGGUUGAGUGUCCCCUCUGUCUGGCAGAAUUGCCCCUGGAACUAUUUCCAGUAGUUCAGUCUUGUCACCAUCGGAGCUGUUAUGACUGCUUCCAGCAGUAUCUCAGGGUUGAGAUAUCCGAGUCACGUGUCAACAUAGCAUGUCCCGAGUGCGCGGAGCCACUUCAUCCAAACGAUAUUCGGAUGAUCUUGAACGAUCUAGUUCAGCUGGAGAAGUACGAGGAUUUCAUGGUGAGAAGGGUACUAGCUGUCGAGCCAGAUGCUAGGUGGUGUCCAGCCCCCGACUGUUGUUUUGCUGUUAUCGCAAGUGGUUGUGCCUCGUGUCCUAAAUUGAAAUGUGAGAGACCCGGCUGUGACUCUUACUUUUGUUAUCAUUGCAAAGCGCGAUGGCAUCCGAAUCAGACUUGUGAUGCUGCCAGGGCACAGAGGUCUCAGCAUUAUGAUCGCACUUCAUCCCUCAGCUUCAGUCAGAGUGAUUCACAGCACAGGGAUGAUAUCAAACCGUGCCCGAGGUGCCAAGUGCUUAUCGUUAAGAUGGACGAUGGCAGUUGUAAUCACAUGACUUGCGCCGUUUGUGGAGCUGAAUUUUGCUGGCUGUGUAUGAAAGAAAUCAGUGAUCUUCAUUAUCUGAGUCCCUCUGGUUGCACAUUCUGGGGUAAAAAACCAUGGUCGCGAAAGAAAAAAAUCCUCUGGCAACUUGGCACUCUGGUGGGAGCACCAGUUGGCAUUGGCCUUGUCGCUGGAAUUGCAGUUCCUGCCAUGAUAAUAGGUAUUCCUGUCUGGGUCGGUCGCAAGUUGUAUAUACGAUACGAAGAAGAUAAUAAACACAAGAGAAAUGCUCUCAUCGCAGGCGGGGUAACGGCAUCGGUUCUAGUGUCCCCUGUACUCGCCGGACUUGCUGUUGGCAUUGGGGUGCCUAUUCUGUUGUUUUAUGUUUAUGGAGUCGUACCGGUGUCCCUCUGCAGGAGUGGCGGAUGUGGGGUAUCAACUAAUGGGUCUGGAGUCAGAUUUGAGUUUGAUGAUGAGAAUGAACUGAUGGGGGCACUCUCUGGGAGGAAUGUUGGAGAUGCAGCAUCGAUAGACGUUGCAAGUCACCGAGGUGGAAAUCCCUCGAUCGGUGAGGCAUCCCUCUCCCUGGGUAGUGGAAGUCAAUUGGAAAAAUUGGGUCGUGAGAAUGAUCGAGAGAGUGCAAGUAAUGUUGCACUUGCUGGUGCAAGUUUAGCUGGUAGUAUAGCAUCGAGUGUACUACCAAGUGGUCAAAGACUAGAAGUACAAGCCGACGUAACUUCUACUCAGAGAUUCAGUCUUUGCAGUGAAACAGCCUCAGCUGCCACAAGUCUAUCCGAAAAAUCAGUUAAUGCAUCGAUAGCUGCUGAUGAUGGUGGUGCAUCAACACGAGCACUGGCUGGCUCAGUGCUCAAUUUUAAGGUCGACAGUUGCUCGAUAAGUGGAGGGAGAAGUGUCGAUAAUGAGCCGGCUGUUAAUCAAACGACCCCUGUUGAUUCGGCUGGACAGGCUGCCUCGUUGAACUCUUUGGAGGAAAUACAACCUGGACUUGCCAAGAGGACAAGGAGGAAGCCCACACUCGACAGACAGCACAGUGAUUCUAGCAAUUGGACUGGCUGUGGUGAGGAUGGAAUUUCUGAGCGAGUGAGGUUUGAUGAUCAUGUGAGCUUCAUUGAGGCACAUGAGGAACCAGGCAGCUGCAGUAGGACGCAGGGAAGGAGGAAGAGGAAUAAGGAAGGAGAUGCUGAAGGUGAUGUGAUAAGGACUAGAAGUGGCAACGAUGAAGAUAACCCAACAGAAGAUAAUAAUUCCCGUGCAAGGGUGAACGUGGCAGCAUUGAGAAUUGUAUUUUUUCAUAAUUCAUCAUCAGGUGAGAAAAGGCUGCCCGUGAUUGAGGAGCCGGGCUCCUCGACCCAACCAUCAACCGUAGUUCGUAUUUUAACACCAAUGAAUAACAACGAGACAAGUAAAACUCAUGCCGAGGAAGACGAUAAACUUCACUGCUGAAUUUAAAAUAUUGUAAUAAAUAACUGAAGACUGACAAACGCGCAUGUAAACGUAAUUAUCCUAUUAUUAAUUAUAUUAUACACGUAUGGAGUUUAUUGUCAAGAGGUAAUUUGAGGAAGAACCCUUUUGGAGGAUAAAUUUUUAUUAAAAUUUUAGAAUGAAAACAUUGAUAAAUAUUAUUUUUGGCGUUUGGAGAGCAUUUCGGUCCCUGAAUAAUUUCAAUGUUUUAAACGUUGCAUUGAAUCCGGAUAAAUUCAUGAAUUUUUCCUUUAUAUUCACCAUCUCUUCCCUCAGGAUUCAAUGACAGAGACUAAAAAAUCUAAAAAUGAGGAAUUGAAAAGAAAAAAAAAAGCAUAAAUUAAACAAAUGGACAUUAUUUUAUUCAUUUGAAGACUAUUUUUUCUUGAAUAAUUUUAAUAUCUUCAAUAUAUUCCCCUCAAAAAUUUAUAAAUAAAACCCACUAUAAUGUGGAAUUACGAAAAAAAAUGCAAAAUAAAAAAUCAUCUUUCGAUGUGAAAAAAAAAUGCGCUUGAUUGCACAGUGUACAUUGGAAUGAGGGUACACCCUAAAUAAAUGAAAAUAGCUGAAGCGCUCUGUGUAUAAAUAUAAAUGCUUUACAUGGUAUAUACGGAAAAUUUGAUCCGUUCGACGUCAAUGAAUCCGUGUCUAAUAAUGAAAAAAAAACCGAUGAAUCAUUGAAGAAGACGUAGGCUAAGUGACAUUUUUUUGAGACAAACAUUUGAAUGAGUUCGAUGAUUAAUUAAAUUAAUCACAUGUAUUUAUCAACGAAUAACGAGUACAUGAAAUGCGUGCGUUUACACAUUAUGUCCAAGAGCAGCAUUUUUAAAUCCUUCCUCAAAAGCUUCCAAGUUGGAGUGAGUGAGACACGAGUGACGAUUACCUUCGAUGAACAGUAGAAAUUAGGCUUAAAGAAUUUUUCUUUCUUUUUUUUUUCAGGGUAAUACUGAUAGGGGGAAGGGGGAAUGAGAAUAAAACAGUACUGAUCUUGCUCAAUACCGAUUGAGAAACAGGGUGAAGAGAUGUAGCUGAAAGUUGUGAGAAAAAAGUAUUUCAAGGAGAUCCUAGGGGCAUCUAAAAAAUUAAUAAAUAGUUAACGUUAAAGUUAUGGGUAAGAGUGGACGAGGAAAAUUAAAGUUUGUUUUUUACGUCAUUUUAAAGCACUCUUUAUUGUACAACCACUCUUUUUUCAACGAUAGGAUAGAAAAAUGUACGGAUUUAAGGAGUGAGCAUUAACUUUGAUUUUUUUAUUAUAUACUAAACAACUUUAUUCGUCGACUAAUUGAAAGUACUUUUUUCCCCUCUGUCAGCACUUUAUACGUAAAUUUGGAUUAAAAUUCACCGAAUAUUUGUACGAUGUCAAUUCUUCGACGGAUCUCCUUAAAAUUAUUGGUAAUCCCAAUUUAGAAUUUACACGAUGCCAAACGAUUUUAAAUUACAUUUUUGAUACAAUUUAUUGUUUAUUGAUCCCACGAUGAGAAAAAUUGUUAAUUGAUUUUCUGUUUACUGCUCUUGCAUAAAACUGCCAUACACGUUAUGAAUUACCUUUCAGGAAUAUUGUUGUUUAAUUGGGGCUAUGAGUAACGUGAAACAAUUCCAUUCUGGGGAUAAUCCCGAACGAAAAAAAAAAAUUUAGGCAUUGGGUUUAUUGAAUUUUCUUGUACGACGUUCUCCGCCAAAUGGGAGAUAUUCAGACAAUUGGAAAUCAACAUUUGGUGAUGUUGUUGAGCCUAAACGUUAACUUACUGUCAUCGUUGAGAGCUCUGAACUAGAUAUUUAGUGGGUGGAGAGGGGGGAAGUUGGAUAAUAUAACUUUUUUCCUGUUGAUAGGGUGAAUGAAUUCACACGAUUAAAAUAUGAAAUUUGUAUUACAGCAUAGAAUAUGGGAUAUUAAUAAAGAUAUUUAAGUGAAA